AACCCAUAUCCUCAACGGCAUCCGCUUCCGAUCUCUUUCUCCCCCAAAUCAUUCUAGAUGGAGACCUUAGCUCCUUCAAUUCAAACCCUAAUUUCUGCUAAUUUCACCUCCAGAUCUGUUUCCGCCACUGGAUUUUCUCUACCAUGCCUUAAAUCUCCGGUGCUAUGUCAACCGCGCAGACUCACCCUCAUUAAAGCCUCAGUCGCCGUCGAACAACAAACUCAGAAAAAGGUCGCCCUUAUCAGAAUUGGUACCAGAGGGAGUCCAUUAGCUCUAGCACAAGCUUACGAGACACGAGAUAAGCUCAUUGCUACAAGUAGUGAAUUAGCAGAAGAGGGAGCUAUCGAAAUCGUAGUAAUCAAAACAACAGGUGACAAAAUUUUGAGUCAACCUCUUGCAGACAUUGGUGGAAAGGGUUUGUUCACUAAAGAAAUUGAUGAAGCACUUCUAAACAGUGAAAUCGAUAUUGCUGUUCAUUCCAUGAAAGAUGUUCCUACUUAUCUCCCUGAUAAAACAAUCUUACCCUGCAAUCUUCCACGUGAAGAUGUUCGUGAUGCAUUCAUUUCCUUGAAUGCAAGUUCAUUAGCAGAUCUUCCAUCUGGAAGUGUUGUUGGAACUGCAUCUCUUCGAAGGAAGUCUCAACUACUUCACAGAUAUCCAUCACUCUCUGUGCUUGAGAAUUUCAGAGGGAAUGUGCAAACAAGGUUAAAGAAACUAAACGAUGGAGUUGUUCAAGCAACAUUAUUAGCUUUAGCUGGAUUGAAACGAUUAAGCAUGACUGAACAUGUGAGUUCAAUUCUUUCUAUUGAUGACAUGCUUCCAGCUGUUGCACAAGGUGCUAUUGGGAUUGCUUGUAGAAGUGAUGAUGAUAUAAUGGCGAAUUACAUAGCGAAACUGAACCAUGAAGAAACAAGAUUAGCAGUUGCAUGCGAGAGGGCUUUUCUGUUGACACUUGAUGGAUCUUGUAGGACACCGAUAGCUGGAUAUGCGUGUAGGGACGAAGAUGGAAAUUGUCUUUUUAGAGGAUUGGUAGCAUCGCCAGAUGGGACUAAAGUGCUUGAAACUUCAAGAAAAGGAGCGUAUGCGUAUGAAGAUAUGAUGUUGAUGGGGAAGGAUGCUGGUGAGGAGCUGUUAUCGCGUGCGGGGCCCGGUUUUUUUGAUAGUUGAGGUGUUUGAAUGCGGGUUUAUUUCGAGUUAGGUUCUGGUGAGUUGUUUUGGGUUGUAGGAUGCCAGUUUUCUUGAAUGAUUUGUGUAAUAUAAGGAUAGAGUUUCCAAGAUUUGUGAUUUGUAUUCUUUGAAGGUAAUCAUAAUGCAAUUUUCUUUGUGUUGUAUGGUA